AUGAAAAUAAAGGGAGAGCAAAUCGCAAACGAGUUAAAAGAAGUGGAAUUAGGACAUGGAGAAGACGUAUUUUCAAUGUUGGGAAACAUUGCUUCAGAAGAUACAAAGUCCGAUGUCUCCAGCAUACUUCUCGGUGCCAACAACGUGGUGUUUGCUCAACUUGGUGCAAAAGAGGCGAUGGAAGUUGUUCUAUCGGAAGAUAGCAAGUCAGCACUGUUUUCAUCUAUACGUGUACCAGACUGGGUUUAUCUGCUGGCUGAA